CUCACAUUGGUUCCUAUCAUGAGUAUAUAGAGCCCGGUGUCGCCUUCCGGACACGUUAUUGUUGCAUCAGCGGCACACAACCCAUCUCUGUGCAAUGUCGGCUUCAGGUCAAGAAGCCUUUGAGUAUGGCUUCUUGCUACAAAUAAAUGAAGAAGCAGCACUUGAAGCUGCACUGAAUGACUACCUAACCACUCGCAGUUACCUGGCUGGUUUUAGCCCUUCUCAGGCUGACCAGAAAGCCUUUAAGCGUCUCUACAGACCCCCAGAUCCACAACAUGUCCACGCUCUGCGUUGGCACAGACAUAUAACAGCCCUGCAGCAGGACCUGAGCCCACAAAGCAGCAGUAAAGGAAAGCGGGUCCAGCCUCAAUGGUCUCCACCAGCUGGAUCGGAUGUUCCUCGACUUCACCUCUACAACAGCCUCACCAGAGCAAAGGAGCCAUUUGUUCCCCAGAAUGGGAAAAAGAUCACGUGGUACAGCUGUGGGCCAACUGUGUAUGAUGCCUCCCACAUGGGACAUGCCAGAUCAUACAUCUCUUUUGAUAUUUUGCGGAGGAUUCUCAGAGACUACUUCAUGUAUGAUGUCUUCUACUGCAUGAACAUCACAGACAUUGAUGACAAAAUUAUUAAAAGGGCACGUCAGAAUUAUCUUUUGGACCAGUACAAGGAAAAGCAGCCGCAACCUGCCCAAAUACUGCAGGAUGUGCUGAUCGCCCGAGUGCCAUUUCAGGCCCGUUUGCUCUCAACUACUGAUCCAGAUAAGAAGCAAAUGUUACAAAGGCUUGAUGCUGCCAUCACUGCCGCUCUGCAGCCCCUGCAGGCGGCGAUGGAGAACAAAGCAGCAGAGGAAGUGGUGGAACCUCUGGCUCAAACACUCCUGGAUACUUCCAAGGACUUGCUGUCUGACUGGCUGGACAGCCAGUUUGGAAGUGAAGUGAAAGACAAUUCGAUCUUCUCAAUUCUGCCUACAUUUUGGGAGGGAGAGUACCACAAGGAUAUGAAGGCCUUGAAUGUGCUUCCUCCUGAUGUCCUCACUCGUGUCAGUGAAUAUGUGCCUGAGAUUGUGGAGUUUGUGAAGAAGAUUGUCUCAAAUGGCUACGGGUAUGAAUCAAAUGGCUCAGUUUAUUUCAACACCGCAAAGUUUGAUGCAAGUCCACAGCACUCGUAUGCCAAGCUGGUACCGGAGGCAGUUGGAGAUCAGAAGGCCUUGCAAGAAGGAGAAGGUGACCUCAGUAUUUCUGCUGACAGAUUGAGUGAGAAAAAGUCACCUAAUGACUUUGCCUUAUGGAAAACAUCAAAGCCUGGAGAACCUUCAUGGGAUUCUCCAUGGGGAAAGGGAAGGCCUGGCUGGCAUAUUGAAUGCUCUGCCAUGGCUGGUUCCAUUUUAGGAGAAUCCAUGGACAUCCAUGGUGGGGGGUGUGAUCUCAGAUUUCCCCAUCAUGACAAUGAGUUGGCUCAGUCAGAGGCUUUCUUCGAGAAUGACUACUGGGUCCGCUACUUCCUGCACACCGGUCACUUGACAAUUGCAGGAUGCAAGAUGUCUAAAUCUCUGAAGAACUUCAUCACCAUUAAGGAGGCCUUGGCAAAAAAUACAGCACGCCAGCUCCGUCUUGCUUUCUUAAUGCAUUCGUGGAAAGAUACCCUUGAUUACUCUCCCAACACAAUGGAGUCGGCAAUCCAGUGCGAGAAGUUUCUGAAUGAAUUCUUCUUGAAUGUGAAGGACAUUUUGCGUGCUCCUACAGACAUCACAAGCCAGUUUGAGAAGUGGGAGGCAGCAGAGGUAGAGCUUAACAACGGUUUCUACAUCAAGAAGUCAGCCAUCCACAAGGCUCUGUGUGACAACAUUGAUACCCGCACAGCCAUGGAGGAGAUGAGGCAGCUGGUUGGUCAGUGCAACAGCUACACUGCCAGCAAAAAGAAUGCCAAGCUCAGACCCAACCGCAUGCUGAUGGAAAGUAUUGCUGUGUAUCUGACCAACAUACUAAAGAUAUUCGGUGCUAUUGAAGGAUCAGAGCCUAUCGGGUUCCCAGUGGGAGGAAAAGGACAGAAUGUUGAAUUGGAGAGCACGGUUAUGCCUUUCCUCACAGUCCUCUCUGAGUUCAGAGAGGAAGUGCGAAACAUUUCCAAACAGCAGAAGGUGAUGGAGUUGCUUGAACUCUGUGACAGUGUUCGUGAUGAUACAUUACCAGAGCUAGGUGUCCGACUGGAAGAUCAUGAGGGACUGCCGACAGUGGUGAAACUGGUGGAUAAGGAGACAUUAAUGAAGGAAAAGGAUGAGAAGAAGAAGCUGGAUGAAGAGAAGCAAAGGAAAAAAGCAGAGGCUGCCAAAAAGAAAGAAGAACAGGAGAUGGCAAAGCUUGAAAAAAUGAAGAUCCCUCCUGGCAAAAUGUUUCUCCCAGAAACGGACAAAUACUCCAAAUUUGAUGAAACGGGUUUCCCCACUCAUGAUGUUGAAGGAAAGGAGCUCAGCAAAGGACAAGCAAAAAAGUUGCGCAAGCUUUUGGAUGCACAAGAGAAGUUACACAAUGAGUAUCUCAGUAGCAAAAAUGGCAACUAAACCUGACCCUCCAGUCAAAGCUUACAUUCUUACUUAUGGUUGCCCCAAAGGACAACUCAAUGUGUUUUACAAUGUUUUUAUUACGGCUCUAUGACAAGCUAUUGUACAAGGAAACCCGUUCAUGUCGACAAGUCUUGGUUCACCGUGUUAUUCAUUACUAAAAAGUACCCACUUUUGUCAAGGUACAUUACACAACAAUACAGAUACAGAACCUCAUUACAGACCUCUUUGGCCUACCACUCGAUUGAUGAAAAUUGUUGUUUCUACCACAAGUGGUGGAAGAGUGUAUUACAACUGAGUAUUGCUGCGGACCGUAUAGACCACAGCUGAGAAACAGAUAUGUUUUGACGGCUGUCUAUAGAGUGCGCCCGUGGGCCACAAUGGGCCUUGGCCCUAUAGUUAAGGAACACUGCUCUCCAGGACAUGUAGACACACAUUCCUGGGAAUUUUUACAAACGUGGUGAACACAAAGUAUUCGUACCCUUUCAAAUAAACCAUGUUAAAAGAUGUUUCAUUUUACAUGAAGAAAAAAGGCCACUUGAUAUAAUCAUGAAUUUGACCAAUUAAUUGGUCAAUGAAUCAUGUCACAAUUGAUAAGACUAUUGGGCCAAUUUAGUCAUUUUGAUCCGGGCAAUUAAAAGUAUAUGUUUUAAUGUUUACUUGAGAUGAAAGCUUAAAAAAAUGUGUAUUAGUAGUAGUCAGAAACAUAGAAGAAUGUUUAUUGAAAAAUAAAAAUGUAGAUAUCAAAUGUACCGUAUUUUUCGGAGUAUAAGUCGCACUGGAGUAUAAGUCUCAUUUUUGGGGGAGAUUUAUUUGAUAAAACCCAACACCAAGAAUAGACAUUUGAAAGGCAAUUUAAAAUAAAUAAAGAAUAGUGAACAACAGGCUGAGUAAGUGUACGUUAUAUGAUGCAUAAUCAACCAACUGAGAAGGUGCCUGGUAUGUUAACGUAACAUAUUAUGGUAAGAGUCAUUCAAAUAACUAACAUAUAAAACAUGCUAUACAUUUACCAAACAAUCUGUCACUCCUAAUUGCUAAAUCCCAUGAAAUCUUAUACAUCUAGUCUCUGACGUGAAUGAGCUAAAUAAUGUUAUUUGAUAUUUUACAGUAAUGUGUUAAUAAUUUCACACAUAAGUCGCUCCUGAGUAUAAGUCGCACCCCGGGCCAAACUCUGGGGGGGAAAAAAACUGUGACUUAUAGUUUGAAAAAUACGGUGGCUAUCAUAUAUAAUAAUCAUACAUAAUGAGGCGUCUCGGGAAAGUUCCAGGACUAUUCUUCGAUGUGAGUGACAUUGUCAUCUGUGAAUUGUUGCCACAGCAAGACCUCCAACGACGUUUGCUUUGUUCAGUGCGCGAGACGGGGCGAGAGUUGUUGUGCAGGACAAUUUGUGACACAUGCUUUGUGCAUUCGAGAUGAACAUCGUCGAGCUAGAGCAACUUCUAGCUCAUGUGAUACUUUUACUUAUUUUUAUUUGAAGUUUUUUUUUUUUUUCUUCCAUCUUUCCCAGGCACAUCAUGAAAAGUGCAUGAAUGUCAGAAGACCAGGAAAGGGUUUUAGAUGCUGGGGGAAUCGUACUUUGGAUUUAAAAUAGAUCCCACUAGUCCUGGAACUCUCCUGAUACGUCGUACAUACGUCACACAUGUUGAUUGUUUCUACUGCUUUGUGUCCAGAAGAUAAAAAGGGUCGCUUUAUUUUUAUUGGCUGUUUUCUGCUACUUUGGACAUCCAUCUCUCACUGGAAAAUAACUUUGAUUAAUAAUCGUAGGAAAAUGACCCCAUGUAAUAACUGGUGUUUAAAUAUAUACUAGCAAACAUUGUUUUUGUAUUACCAUAAUCAAAAUGGACAAGGUUCCGUACAUUCCGGGCUGUAGGCCCAUUUAAGCCGCACCCACCAAAUUUGAGACAAAAUAAUAUCUACACAGCAACAUGAACAGUUUUGUAAAUGUUUAUUUACAUACCUUAAUUGUUUUGAAAUGCUGCCAGUCACACUGGAGUAAAACGGCUGAUCAAACAUAAGUCGUCAUCAAGGAGCUAGUGGAGCUGCAGCUUAACUCCAGUCUCCACGGUGUAUUGGUGAAUUGACAAAACUGAAACAAUACAAAAAUAAAGCUGUAAUAUACCAACUGA